UCCAGCAGCAGAGGAUCACAGAGGGUCUGGAUGUGAGUGCGUCUCAGCUGCUGAAUCCACACAGAAACCACAUUCAGGACCAGCCUGCUCUGACGCGGCUGGUCAGCAGGAAGCGGCUGGUGGCAGCGGGGAUCCUGGGGGUCAUCAUGGUUCUGGUUCUGGUUGUCCUUAUUCCGGUUCUGGUCAACUCGGCGGGGUCGGCGGCACACUACGAAAUGCUCGGUACCUGCAGGAUGGUCUGCGAUCCAUACGGCACCAAGUCGCCGUCCAGCACAGCCACGGCGGACACAGUCCAAGACAACAGCUUGGUUCAGUCUUUACCCACUUUUAUUCAAGGUCCGAAAGGAGAACCAGGUCGGCCUGGUAAGAUAGGUCCUAGGGGGGCUUCUGGUGAGCCGGGACCACCGGGUCCACCCGGACCACCUGGGAACAAAGGUGAACCAGGCAGACCCGGUUUACCAGGUUCUCCUGGAUCGAGCGCAGCUGCCGGUGCCAUCAGCGCAGCCACGUACACCACCGUGCCCAAGAUCGCCUUCUAUGCCGGACUGAAGAAGCAACACGAAGGAUACGAGGUGCUGAAGUUUGACGACGUGGUGACGAACCUGGGGAACCACUACAACCCGAGUACUGGGAAGUUCACCUGCUCCAUCCCCGGGAUUUAUUUCUUCACUUACCACGUCCUGAUGCGCGGAGGAGACGGAACCAGCAUGUGGGCUGAUCUCUGCAAAAACAACCAGGUGCGGGCCAGUGCCAUUGCCCAGGAUGCGGACCAGAACUAUGACUAUGCCAGUAACAGUGCUGUGCUGCACCUGGAGCCAGGAGACGAGAUCUACAUUAAACUUGAUGGAGGCAAAGCCCACGGCGGCAACAACAACAAGUACAGCACCUUCUCUGGAUUCAUCAUAUACGCUGACUAGAACUUCAGUUAGUUUAGGCCUUGUGGACCACUAUCCCAAAAGACUGUCCCCUGCAAAUAAGAUGAUCAGACAUACGUUCAAUUGUGUGUGGAGAAACCAGUAUAAAUCAAAGCUCCUAAGUUGCUUAUUAUUUCACUUUGUUUAUCCUGCCAUCUUCACUGUCUUUGCUGAAUAUGACUUUAGUGAAAAGGCUAAAGUGUCAGUGUUGGAUUGAACUACAGUAUAUGUCUCCUCGUAUCACUCCAGCACAGCUGAUCUUAAAGCUGACGUAUUUGUUCUACAGGAAAUGUAGGCAGUGUAAGAAAGGAAGAUGGAUCCUUCACGUUUAAUAUGUGAGUAGGCAAUAAGGUGCAUGUCAAUAAAUGAAAUCAAGCUGUUACAGAACAAACAAUACUGACGUCAAACAGGGGAAAUGACUGCAGGAUGAUUUAGUGCAAUACCUAUAAUAACUUAGAAUCAUGGAGAUAAUGAGAAAGCCUUCUAUAGGAGUGUUUUUCUUUUUUAUAUCAUGCUGUAAAGAUAGCAUGGGAAAGCUGGUAACACUUGAAGUACAUUAUGGUACACUUGUAGCAGAUUAUAUUUCUAUUAUAAACAUCAUUACCUCUUAUAUAGAAUAAUAAAUUAAUGUCAUAUUUAAUCAAACAGCUAUUAAAUUACUGUUUGAAGCGUGUACACACUUUACAUAAUGUCCAAUUUACCCAUCCUCUGAUUUUAAUACUAAUAUGCUGUUUGAUAUUAAUGAUGAUUAAUAUCAGUUUUUCUGAUAUCCUAAUGCUCUCAUAAACUGUAUGUUUGUGCAGAUUUAAGGGUUUUAGCCAUAUUUUUACACACAUUCUUUUAGCCCAAUUUACCAAAUAUGAAUUUCACGCACAAAUACUUUCCCAAAUCUUUACAUUGCCACAUUUUUGUUAAAACAAAGACCUGAAAACCUUGUUGCCUGUAGUAAGUUAGUGUCCCAUGCCAAAAUAUCACAACACUGUCAAAACAAAUGUUAACUGUCAUGCUUAUUAUUACAGACUCUGAGAGAGAUAUAUGCUGUAUACACAAAUCAUGUCACUCUGUGUUAUCUAAAUAUUAAUGUCUGAUUGUGAUACUGUGCUGUAUGCCUGUUCUGACAGAACAUCUCAACUUAGCUGUGCAAUAUACAGUAUUUGUAUUUAUUCAGUGGAAGGAUGAUUUUUUCCCUCUGAUAAAGAUCUUAA